AGCUCAGGUGCUGAUACUGCAAUGGUGAAUUUUUCUUGGAAAAAUGACUGACAUUGUCCUCUGAAGAAAUACCAGUGUACAGUGAUGACAUUUCUUGGAGUAAGAGAGGGAAAAAAAUCAACUCCAGCUACAUUUUUGCCAAGUGAAUGGUUGUGACAUCUAGCAAACAUUGCUGGGUACUAUCACAGUUACAACACCUUCUGCUUCCAAGCUCCCAGCUUUAACUUGAGGGAUACGAGAUUUGAUAGUCCACACUAAAGUUUCGGAUCACCUGUGGUGUAUCUGUUCUUAGGGCUCACUGCCCUGCCACGUUUAGAAAAGAAAAAAAACAAAAGCAAAGAAAAGGAACAGGCCUCUGUGAAGUCAUCCAAAUAAAGGUUAAUAACUGGGUGGUGAUGCCUUCUCACAAGACUGAAGAGAAAUGCUUGGCAGCUGAACAGCCCUUGCUCCCCAGCUGCCUGUCAUGGUACUUGGAGUAAGAGGUGACAGACCUGUUUAUUUAUAGAAGGGGCCAAUAACAAAGACAGGACUGGGAGCUUCAUUCAGGACCAGCAGGAAGUGUGUAAACACUGACUUGAGGAGCAGGGAGCACUCUUCUCCAAAGGAGAAGAACACUGGCUGGGUAGUUUUCCUAUUGACAUCUUUAACUCAAGUUGAAAAGAGCCUAUCAUUGGAAUAAUUACCUUGGUGUAGAAGUGCUGUUGUUGCAUCUCCUUUUUUUUUAUUAAAAGGCUGAAAUGCCUGAAGGUGAGGACUUUGGACAAGGCGAAAGCUGGGAAGUGGUAAAUUCCAAAGCUGAUGAAAAGCCCAGACUCAGCCAAUGCAUUGCAGAAUCAUGGAUGAACUUCAGCUUAUUUCUUCAAGAAAUGGCACACUUUAAGCAGCAGAACCCUGGCAAGUUUUGCCUCCUGGUCUGCAGUGUGUGCACAUUUUUUACAAUCUUAGGAAGUUACAUUCCUGGAGUCAUACUCUCCUACUUUGUAUUACUCUGUGCCUUUUUGUGUCCACUGUUUAAAUGCAAUGAAUUUGGACAAAGAGUAUACAGCAAGAUCAAGUCAUUUCUGCUAAAACUAGAUUUUGGAAUAGGAGAAUAUAUUAACCAAAAGAGGCGAGAGAAAUCUGAGGCAGAUAAAGAAAAAACUCAUAAAGACGACAGUGAAUUAGACUUUUCAGCCCUUUGUCCUAAGGUUAGCCUCACAACUGUUGCCAAAGAGCUAUCCGUGUCUGACACAGAUAUAUCAGAGGUAUCUUGGACUGAUAACGGGACCUUCAAUCUCUCCGAAGGAUGUACUCCCCAAACAGACACUUCUGAUGAUCUUGACCGACCCAGUGAACAGGAGGAAGCUUUCUCCAAGGAUCUUUCAGAAUUUCCAUCUCUAGAAAAUGGCACGGGAACAAAUGAUGAAGAUGAGUUGAGCCUUGGCUUGCCCAUCCAGUACAAGAGAAAAAAAGAGCCGAUGGAUAGUGGUCACAGACAGAGCAGAGAGAGGCAGCCAACAGCUGGUCUCACCCUUCCUUUGAGCAGUGACCAGACCAUUCAUUUGAUGGGAAAUCUUGCUGGUGAUGUCAUUGUAGCUGCAAUGUCUGCUGCUAUCAAAGACCAGUUGCAACAAGGAGUUCAGAGAGCAUCUUCCCAGCCUGUACCUAGUCCAGGAGAAGACACAGACACAGAAGAAGGUGAUGAUUUUGAAUUACUGGACCAGUCAGAGCUCGAUCAGAUUGAGAGCGAACUGGGACUUACACAAGACCAGGAUGUAGAACCUCAGCAAAAGAAAUCUUCAGGCUUCCUUUCAAAUCUGCUGGGAGGCCAUUAACUUGGGAAUCAGAGCUUGCAACAGAGCAGAAAUAAACCACAAAAAAAUUUAAAACAAACAAAAAGGCAAAAAAAAGAAAAUUAUAUGAGCUGUGAGCUUUAACUAUUACUUUAGAUUUGUUGUCCUAUUUUCCCUUCUGCAGUGAAUUAACUGGAUAUAUAUCAGCUGAAACUGAAAAUGUAAUGUUUCUGAUAAUUAUACCUUGACCACCUAGUAGCAUGAAAAUGAAUUCUAUAUCCACUGUGUUGUCAGAGAGGAAUGUUCUCUUUCUUUAAAAGGAAAAGGCCAGAUUUUAGAGUGAUACCUCAAGUAUUCUCUAUUCUUUUCAUCAUACUUCACCUUUCAAGCCUGCAAGGCAGUUUAUUGUAACACAGUGAGAUAAGACAAGUGUUGCAGACAUAAUAUAGCUUUAUGCUAUCCUUUCCCUCUAGUAUUUUGAAAGUUUUAAAAAUUUGAUGUUAAAGAAUCCUCCCAUCCUUUUUUUAAAUUUAAGAACAUGAACAGCACUGUCAAAAUGAACUAACUAGGAAAAUAAAAUGAUUUUACAUAAAGCAUUCUUUUAAACUCUUUGAAUAGGCUGAUACAUUUCCAGGUUAUUUCUGCAGUUGUAGGCUUAUAGAUUUGUAGAGUGGCCUGCUCCUAAAUUGAUUGCCAUCUCUAGCCUUGCAACUAGAGAUUAUUAACCCAGAAAAAGCAAGUAUUGCUGUCAUGAAGAUGCUGAUCAUGAUGUAAACAGAUAAAAUUUCAGUUGCAUUUUGUUUUCUGAUUGUCAUAUGCUUGUGGUAGGGAUUUUGUGAGUGCUGAUGUUUAACAUAAACAGACCUUCUUCCUACCCAGACGUGGUUUGAAGAUAUGUUCAUCUUCUAUGUUAAUUGAGGAAAUAGUAGCCACAAAAAUCAUUGUGAACCUCAGCAGCUUAAGCAGAAUUAUAUAAUCCCACACCCCUGGUCUGGGUAGUUAAAGCAAGAGAGAAAUUUACAUUGUUUGCAAAUGUAUUUAUUUGUCAUUUUAAGUCUACACAUGUAAUCUCUUGAUGAUUUGGGUUCUGGAAUAGAUUUUAUCUAUCAUCAAAAUAUUACAAAAAACUUUUUGGAUCAUCUUUAAAUAACUAAAUUUGUUAGGAGGAACAGAUUUGUUAUUAAGGAACAAAGAAAGACAUUAUGCCAAUUUAUUAAUGUGAAACAAGCUUUGAGAAGGGUUGAGGGACCAUGUCAGCUAUUAAAAAAAACCAUUGUAGCUGGCAUUUUGAAAGAUAAACAUGGUCACCUGGGACCCUCAGAAAGGAAGAAUAAUCCCAGCAUAUAGGAAGCCUAUUUUUCUCUCCUUUUCUUUUGUUUACCUGCCUUAUCUUCCUAAAGAAUAAUCACAGGUAAUUAAUCCUAUGUUUUAAUGUAGUGUACCUUAUUUAUUUAUUUUUCUUUCUGAGGUAUUAAAAAUCUAGACUGAAUUUGCCAAAUAUUGUAGGGAGAAAAGUUUCAUAAGACUUUUGACAUUUCCUAAUUGUCGUUGCCGUGCUUUUGUGUCCAUAGGUGCCUCGUGGCCGUGUUUGCUUGUCCUUUAUUGGUACAAAGUGAGUCUGUGCCUUUGUUAUCUUGCCCAUUCUGGAACAAAGGAAAAUUACUUUUAUUAGCUAAAUUGUGUGGUUUUGGGGAAAUAUGUCCUAAUUCCAUUCAAUGAAAGUUUCUGGACGUGAAGAAAAGGUUAGAUAAUAACAUAACAAUAGUUUCAAGCUUCUUUCUUCAUGUGCACUUCCUCACAAAAACAUUCUUGUCCAGGAAGUCCAAACAUCAUAUAUAAGCCAUUUCAAUUUCUCAGCUGAGAAAAAAAUGCAGGUUUCCCCCUCUCCCCUUAGUAUACCUAUAAGACAAUCCAGGUAGUCAUAAAAGUAUAAAGAAUAUAAGAGGACGAGUCCAACGGAAGAUUGUCAAGAGUUGACCUGUGUGAUGGAAUAAACAGUGAAAUGUUAGAGAGUCAAAUGUUUAAAAAAUAUAAAUUCAAAAGGGCUUGAGGGUGGGGGUGGGAGUUGGCUUGGGAAAAGGUGUUACCAGGAUUGCAAGUAUAGUAGAUGAGACAUACUAGCUUUCUUUAAACAGUGGCAUUGUAAGCAAGUGUGCACUUUAAUGCUAUUUGCUCAAAAAAUAAAUGUGAUGAUAAUGUAUCCAAAACAGCAAACUCUUCUCAAAAUGUUAAUUAAACCAAGAAACAUUAUAAUGAAAGGAGUAGUUGUCGAGGCUUUUUGUAUAUAAUCCUUUUUCUGGUUUUGAGAUAUAGUUGUAAACCAGUUGUGCAUUUGCCCUUGUGUUUGAGAACUCAUGUGUUGUGUCAUCUGGCACAUAAAAAAAAAAAAAAAAAAAAAAAAAAAAAAAAGGUAGUUUCCCCACCAGGGAUCUUGCUACACAUGCUUUAUCAAUACCAUGGCAUUGUAUCUUUCCCCUGUUAAAAAUCUCCUAUCAAAUCAAAAAGAAUUCAGUCAAGGUGAACCAGGUGUACCUUUUCAAUUCUAAAUGUGUUAGAGUAAUUGUUCUCUAAUUUCAUGCAGAACAUGCCGAGUAACAGUAUGUAAUAAUACAGUAGAGUUGAUUAUAGACUGUCUUAUAAAAUAACAAAAUAAGGCUGGAAAAGUGGAGGUUUACUGUUUUGGAAGAUCAAAUUGGACCUUGAAGGAAAAGCUGUUUUCCCAUUUUGAAAGGCCUUUAUUUCUCUCUUAUCCUAUUAGCUUAAAAUAGAUUCUCCUCUACCAACGACCUUUUUAGAAUCAUAGACUAUAAGAGCUGAAAGGGACCUUAAAAAUCAUCUAAUCUAAUCCCUUCAUUUUACAGAUAAAGAAACUGAGGCCCAGAAAGUAGAACAUAAGCUCCUUUGAGGGCAGGACUCAUUGGGGAACUUGACCUUUGUCUCCCUAGUGCCCAGCACAGUGCCUAGAAUGUUACAGACACUUAAUAAAUGCUUAUUCAUUUGAAUUAAUAAAGAAACAUUCGUUUUGCAGUCAUGUAACAAGGUGGGGGGAAGCAAUGAUCUUUAAUGAAAUGAAACUUUUGGUAUAAAAAAUUGAGAGAUCUUGUUGAAAUUUCCUAUACUUAAAAGGGGAAGUGGAGGUAAUCACACAUCCCAGAACAUGUUAAAUUUAUCUUGAGUUUAAAGCAAAAGACAUUUAAGAGAAAUAAAGCAACUUUGACAUUCAUAAUAAGAACAUUUGUUUAAGAAAUGUGUGCUUAAUGUUAACAUUUUUCCAAUAUUUGUGCAGAGUUGCUGUGCUUGGCAUUAUGGGAAGAAACAUUAAAUUUGAAAUGGUGGUUGCCCUCAUGCAGUUUACUGUUAAGUUCAAGGGUCAGGCUGAGGUAUUUUAAAUACUUUUCUGAUUUGAAUACUCAAAUUAUCCUGCUAUAGUUAGUGGCAAGAGUGGAAUUAUUCUGGGAGAUUUGACUGAACUACCAUUGGUAAUGCUGGAUGGUCCAAGAAUUAGAUUUUUAUGCAUUCCUAUCUCUCCUUUCCACUACAGUGUUAGUCUGGCCUAUGCUAGAUGGGAAUAAGCAAAUUUGGGAUCUGUUUCUAUUUUUAUGGCCUGAAGCAAAUCACUUCACUGCCCAUGUGCCUCAGUUUCUCCUUCCAUAAAAUGAGGAUUCUACUACUUAUUCCCAUUCUACCUCACCAAGAUAUUGAGAGCAAAUGAGAAAGUUAAUUCCUCAGACAAAAGGCACUGUGUAAACCAAGGUAUUUAUUAUUUGACAAUGUUAUUUAUGAUGCCUUCCUUUUGAACAUUAAAAUAAAGGCAUAACAUGCAAGUGCCUACUCAAAUGGAAAUUCUUCUAAGAUUUUCACGGCUUUGCACAAAUGCAGACUUUUGUGAAUUAACUUGGUUUUAUUUUUUGAGUGUUUAUGAAGGAAGGUUCAAUGAUAAUUUGUGAUAAUUGAGCAGAAUUUUAUGAAAUAUUAAAAAUCAGUUUUUAUUUAGUUUGGAUAUAUUCAUUCUUAAUUGAAUAAGAAAAACCUUGGCCUAAGGAGAACCCCCAGAAGUCAGUUGAUCUUUCAGACUAAAGUCUAUGAACCAAACACUGUGACAGAUACCUAAGCGUCAAUUCAAGUUUAUCAUGAAUGUACUCCAUGAAUCACCUGUAGACUCAUAUAUCCAGAUAACCAGAAAUUUAGGAGGUUGCAAAAUGUCUUAAAACUUUAUGGAAGUAUCCUUUGCAGCACUUUACUUAACAUGAAUGUUUUAUGAACAUGGAAUAAUUGAUAGCAAUUGUUUGUAAACCAUUUAAUAAAUGUCUGUUAGUUUUUA